ACCUCGCAAUCACGCUGGAGCUAUGAUGUCUUCAACUUUAUUAAAUAGGAUUUAAAAGUUUGUAAAGGAUCGGAGAAUGAGCCGAGGCCCGAAGAACAGGCAUCCCCCGGACAAGCCGGACGCCCCGGAAAGCUUCGGCGAGGAGGUCCUGGAGGAGGUGAGGCAGCUUUUUAACAAGGUGCGAGGGUACAGUCCUCCGUCCGGAGAGGAAUGGCGCCUUCCGGACCCCAACGUCGUCCUCUGCGACCCCCCGUGGACUCACCCGCCCCUACAAGCUCUUAAAAACUCCCUGAACGAGGUGAAAAACCAGCUCAGUGAUAAAGAUCUGGCCGUGUGGCACCGGCACACUUGCUCCACCAACCGAGCCGGGACGGUCACGUCGCGUCUGCGCGAGACCACCAACGCCGAGCUGUGCACGCAAGCCUGGGCCAAGUUUUACGAGAUCCUGGGGACGUUCGAACUGCUCCCGGAGAGGGCGCUCCAGGACGGCGAGUUGAACUCGGUACAUCUGUGCGAAGCCCCGGGAGCGUUCGUAUCGGCGCUGAAUCAUUUCCUCCAGCCCAUCAUGCUGUACUGCGACUGGAACUGGGUGGCCAACACGCUGAACCCGUAUCACGAAGCGAACGGGCGGAGCUGCACCAUCGCCGACGACAGGCUCAUCGUGCACACGCUUCCCUGGUGGUUCUUCGGCUCCGACGACACCGGGGACGUCAUGCUCCAGAAGCAUCUCCUGGAGCUGCAGGAGUUCGUGGGGAACAUGCGCAGCGUGGACCUGGUCACCGCCGACGGGAGCUUCGACUGUCAGGGAGACCCCGGCGAGCAGGAGGGUCUGGUGGCCCCGUUGCAGUACUGCGAGGCCGUCUGCGCCCUGCUCCUGCUCGGGCCGGGCGGCUCCUUCGUCCUGAAGAUGUUCACGCUCUUCGAGCACUCGUCCGUCUGCCUGCUCUACCUUCUCGUCUGCUGCUUCCGCACCGUCCACGUCUUCAAACCGGCCACCAGCAAGGCCGGGAAUUCCGAGGUCUACGUCGUGUGUCUGGGCUACGGCGCUAAGGGAAAGCUCCGCCCGCUGCUCUCCAAGCUGAUCCGGAACUACGGCCCGGGUCUGGGUGCCCAGGCCGCGCUGUUUCCCAGAAGCCGCAUCCCUCGGUCGUUUCUGGAGCAGCACGAGGAGAUCUGCGGCUUCUUCCACGCGCAGCAGAUCGACACCAUUCGGGAGAACCUGCGUCUCUUCGACGGCGCGGCUCGGGACCAGCGCGGCCGACUGGACCGGCUCCGGGACUGCGCCGCGCAGUUUUACGUGCAGCGCUUCCAGGUCCAGUUUCUACCGCGCAAACGCUGGCUGUGCCGCGGCGGCGCUUCGACUCGGGGGAAACCGGGCCAGAGGAAGCAAGUGGGAUCUUUCAAUCAGCGCAAAGAGACAGAGCUCCAGGAAUGGAGGCAACGUUUGGUCCAAGGAACCUACCAGACCUGGGUAGAGGAGCAUUAUCAGGGAGAUGAUGAUAAAUUUGUCCUCCACGGACCUCUGUUGGGGUGUGACCUGAACGCAUGGUACGUCCGAGAAGGUGCGAGCCUUCCGAAAGUCUGCAGCUCUACCUUCUGCGAUCAAGAGCUCUUAGAUCUUUUUAACGAAGCUUUACAAGAGCGGGCGUGUCUCUCGGAGGAACCAGCAUCUUGUGGAUCCUGCAGAGCUCCUCAUCCUGCAUCCAUACUGAGUGAAAUCUGCAGCGUUCCGUCUUGCGUUGUGAUGGUUGGAAACCCAUCGUGGCAGGGCGUGUCGCAGUCAGGACUCGUCCUAGAGCCGCGCCUCAUUCCAGGCCCUUCCUACCCAGAAGUCUGCAGCUCCACCUUGCACGACGGAGACCCUCAGGACCAGCGCCGGCUUUUAACCGGGUUGCUCGCGGGUCUGCGAGGGCUUCCUGAAGGGUCGGCGCUGGUGGUUCCUUUAUGUUCGGCUCUUACCCGCUUCACCGCCUCGUUAGUCCUCGCGCUUCACGUCUGCUUCCAGUCCGUCGCUUUCCGCUGCCCGAUCGGCGGUCCGCCCGCCGUCCUGCUUUGUGUCGGGUUCUCCCCGGUUCCCAGGGUUCACGCCAUCCUUCAGGAGGUUAUGGAUCACGUCCAGGAGGUGAAAGCGGGCCGGCAGGUCCUGCAGUUCGCACCGAUAGAGGAGCUGACCCGCGGCGGCCUGCCGCACUUCCUCUCCAGUCUGAAUAACGCCGUCGUCAGGCAGCAGCUUCAUUUACGUCUGCAGAAGAAGCCCGGCGGGUAGCAGCCAGUCUGGGGUUUGCAACUGUUCCUCUGUGGCUGGAAUAUGGGUCCACUGUCCACAGCCAAGCCAGCUUGACACCAGCAUAGGCUUAGAAGCCGCCCCGCUUUAGCUUCCUUUGUUUAGUCUAGGUUUAAGGGCUAAAUCACGGCUCAUGUUUCUCCUUUUUUGGUUGUUUUUUUGUAUUAAGUGUAAAAAGAGGCGGCUGUUUUAUGUUCCUUAAUAAGUGUGGUCAACCCUAUUUAUAUAGGCACGACAAAUCAUCAGCUGUAGUUCUUUCUACCCCACCAGAAGUGCUCUCAUAUUUUACAAUCUGGUCCGAAUACUUGAUUUGGCGCCCUGUGCCCUUCCUGGCGCAUCCUACCUUAUCGAUCCGGGCUUGGGACUCGAACCCCGGAUCUCUGCCUUAGUGGGCUGGAGUGAUUUUUCCCUCUGCGCCCCCUCUAGACCCCUUGUUUUCGGGUCUGCAAGGGUUUCCUGAAGGAUCGGCGCUGGUGGUUCCUUUACGCUCGGCUCAGACCCGCUUCAUGGCCUUGUUGCCCGAUUGGCGGCCUGUCGUGCUGCUCUGUGUGAAAGUGUGAUUUUUUUUACUUCCGCGCCCCCUACACCACCCAAAUAAUCAUCCACUUUGAUAUACGUAUAUUUUUGAAGCUGUAAAGGCUUAGGAAAAACCAGAAUAGUCAAAUAAACUAAAAUUUGUGCACGUUUUUCGGACCUAAAUGUACAACAUGAACCUUUUUCUAUCUUACGGAACUCCCUGCGUAUGUAUCUAUAGGCCAUACCUGUAUUCUGCUGGCGCAUACCAAUGAUAUCCAUAACGUAAAUGACGUCUACGGACGUGUGUCCUGCCUGUAGCUAUUUCUAGACUGUCUUUUGGUAAUUAAUUGGGAUUUCUGUGGCUGGAUGUAAAAUGUUUAUUGGAUGGAUAAAGGUUAAGUCUCAUACUAACAUCAUUCAGUCACAGACACAGUUGCAAAAAUCAGUGAAAUUUAAACCUUUGACUGUGAGUUUGGAACGGAGCUUCUUACAUUUAGGAUGUUUACAUACGUUGGAGUCUUCGGGUGCUCGGGUGGCGCAGCGGUAAAUCUAUUCCGCUUGUCCGUUACCGCUGAGAUCCAGGGGUCGAGCCUCGGCGAACCUGUCGGGCGUCUGCAUGCCGUUCAGAGACGGCCAAACAGCCUUGCCACUGGUAGGUGCACCAGUCAGUGCACUCGCAGUGCUGGUCCCAAGCCCGGAUACAAAUACAAGGAUUGUGUCUGGUGUGCAGUUCAGGACCGGAAUGAUCCAACUAAAAGAAUUAUAUUGUUGUUGUUUUAUUUAAAUAUACGAGGUUUUAUUUUGAGAUAAAAGUCCGUUCUCAGUUUUUACUCCCUUGAGACGAGACGAAACGUGUGUUAUGAUUACAAGAUGCACAAAGUUUGGACAGAAGAACGAAGACGCUUUCAGUUUGUUUCAUGCCGAUCGGACGUUUAAUCUUCAGUGUGAAAGUAAAGUAGAACGUUCUGUACAGAAAAAUGUUUAUUAUUUGUGAAUUAAAUACACAGAGGGGGUCCAAAUAUGUAGACACGCUUUAAUAGAUGUUAUUUAUGGACUUUUUUUGAAGUUAGAUGGAAUAUUAAAGCUGACGUCUGUGCAUCCCUCAGUGUCGGUAUAUAAUUAUUAUUAUUACACAUUUAUUUAAAUACAGGGAUUAUUUUCUCAGUGUGUUUACAUGCUUUUUACCCUGUUUGUGUUUAAGCAGAAAAAAAAAAAAAUAAUAACGGUGUGAUAAAAGAAUUUACCCUUGAUUUGUGAAAUACAGAACGAUGCCACUUAUGUUUAGGAUUAUUAAACCAUGAUCAGGAUCAGGAGUGUGUUCAGGGCUCAGGAAUGUGAACGUACUCGCUGUACGAGUUGCUUUAAUGAUUAGAUUCUGUUCUAUAUAACUCCAUGUGAUAUUAAAACCUGUGAUAUUUCCUCAUUGAACGUUUGGACUCGUACUCCACCAGCGGAAAGCGUCACUUGGUUUCGUUUCUGCCUUUUUGCCGUGCAGGUUUAAGCUGGUGGCUUUUUGCGCUGGGAUUUUGUUACACAGUGGGUUUUUUAUUUAAAAAAAACACAUCAUUUUUUUUGUAUAUAUUUUGUGUAUAUAUAAAUAAACGAAAUCUGAGUAAAA